AUGUUCAAAUUAACAAGUACCAAAGUGAUUGACUUAACACACAGUAUGUUGAAGAAACAAUCACCAGAUCUUGCCUUAGAGACCAUCGAUACAAAUCCAGAUAAUAAUAAGAUCGAACACAUCGUGCAGAAAAGAUCCGCUUAUAGAUUUCGACCUUCUCGUCAUCAUCAUCAUCAUCGUCCUUUGUAUAAUCCAAACGUUAUUCCUGGACAAAAUCCAUAUAUUGGCCCUUUGUAUAAUCCAAAUGUUAUUCCCGGGCAAAAUCCAUAUAUUGGUGGUCCUUUGUAUAACCCAAACGUUAUUCCUGGGCAAAAUUUAUACCCUGGUUCUUGGCCAAAUGUAAAUCCAAUGGGAAUUCCACCAUAUCAACCACGUUAUCGUCGAUCAUUAUCGAUAUUUGAUAAUAAACGAAGAAAUGAAAAUUUCAUUUAA